UUAAGCAGGCUGCAGCCCAUGAACAGUGCAUUGUGCCCAGAAGAAGACAGUGCUCUUCUUGUGGAGGGUCAGAGGAGAAAGAGGCUCAGCAGAGUGUGCUUGCUUAACAUCAGCCACAGGAAUGGGGACAAAGAGGAUUGAAACUUUGGUGACUUGUUCUGAAAGGGAAAAACUUAGUAUGGCAAUCAGAUGUGUAAUAGCUGUGCUGGUAGUUAUCACAAUGCUUAAUUUAGGUGGAACCUUAUUCAUCCUGCUGCAGUGGAAGGACAUUGCUUCUAGAAUGAGGCAGCUGGAAUCUUACCAAAGACCAUCUCAGGAGGACAUAAUGACCUCUCACCUGACACAGCUAAUAUCAGAGAUGAAAGAGAAAAACUUAGAAGAUGCAGAACCUCACAUCUCCAGAAACAAAAGGAGUCAGCGCCAUAGGCCGCAUGAAUCCUACAUACGAGCUGAAAAUGAAGACAUGCUUAUGAUGAUGACAUAUUCAAUGGUCCCGGUUCGUGUUAUGCUAGAUUUAUGCAACAGCACAAAAGGAUUCUGCCUAACAGGACCACCUGGGCCUCCAGGACUGCCUGGUAUUGACGGUUUGGAUGGGAUACCAGGAUAUAAUGGCUCAGAUGGGAUUAUUGGCUUGCCAGGACAAAAAGGGGAAACAGGCACAACUGGAAGAAGAGGAAAAACUGGUGAACCAGGAAUGAAAGGUGAGCCCGGUCAACAAGGAGAGAAGGGAGAUCCUGGUGAAAUUGGUCACCCAGGAAAGGAUGCCAUGCCAGGAAAAAGGGGUGAAAAAGGAGAGAAGGGGGACAUAUGUGAUAUAUCCAAUGACAUAUUUAGCGAAGAUAUGAAAGGAGAAAUGGGACCCCCUGGACCGCCAGGUCCACCUGGUCCUCCAGGCCCUGUGGGUCCUCCAGGUAGGAGGAAAGCUAAAUCUCAGCAAACCUUACAAGAGUUCAGCAGUCAGUGUACAGGAGAGUCCUGUGUUAUUCCUAAUGAUGAUACAAUGGCUGGAAAAACAAAUGAGAAAACGGAUGACCAGCUUCCAAAGCAAGGAGACUGCACUAUAAAGGCCAUAGAGAAUCCAACUCACGUUGCAAAAGUAAAGGAGACAUUUGGGGCGUGGAUGACUGACUUUUCAAACAGGACUGCUGAUGAAAGAAUUUGGAUUGCGGGACAUUUUUCAGGGCUAAUUGUAAAAGUCUAUGAAAAUAAAACAGCCUUACUGAAUGAUAACUACAAGACCAUGAAACUCCGCUGGUUCUAUCAUGGAUGUGGUCAUCUAGUGUAUGACAAAGCACUGUAUUACCACAAAGGAGGGUCCAAUAAAAUUGUAAGGUAUGAACUGGAGACAGAAUCCUUCCAAACACUGAGCAUUGAUAAUGCAGCAUAUCACAAUCGGAGCUAUCUCUUUUCAAAUUCUAAGUCAUACUUCAAAUUGGCUGCCGAUGAUGAAGAUCUGUGGAUAAUCUACUCUUCUGACGUGGACAAAAGCAUCAUGGUUGCUCAUUUGGAUGACAAAACCUUCUCUAUUACCCAGCACAUCAACACUACAUACCCAAAGUCUAAAGCAGGCAAUGCUUUUAUUGCAUGUGGAAUUCUUUAUGUUACAGAUACCAAAGAUUUGAGGGUGACCUUUGCAUUUGAGCUUUUAAAACAGAAGCAGGUUGAUGCUAGCUUCGACUUGAGGUCAUCAACAUCUGUUCUUUCAAUGUUGUCCUACAAUCCUAAAGAUCAGCAAUUAUAUGCAUGGGAAGAUGGAUAUCUGAUGUUAUACCCUGUGAACUUUAUGUUUAGUACUUAGUAUUGGACAUAUAUACAUUUCUGUAAUAUAAAAUAAAUAAAACACAUUCACUAUACCUUA